AUGAUAAGGCUCAGUAGGGUUUUCAGGAAUUUUUCUAUCGAGCAAGCAGUUGCUAAUAAAAUUAAACAAGGCCUAGGAGCAAACACACAAGUAGAAGUUAUCGAUUUAAGCGGAGGAUGUGGUACAAUGCUGCAUAUAAAAGUUGCAAGCGAUUCUUUUGAAGGCAAAAGUACAAUUGUUCAGCACAGAAUGGUAAAUAAAUGCAUAGAAGGCCAAGACAUACACGGGUUUAAGCUUGAGACUUCAGUUCUUAAAAGCCCAUAA